AUGAUAUAUUUAAAGACUCUACUGAAAGUCAUCGACAACUCCGGGGCCGAGCUUGUCGAAUGCAUCAAGGUGUUGAGAAAGUCACCAAUGAACUGUGCACACGUGGGCGACAAGAUUGUCGUUGUAGUGCAAGAGGCCAAGCCAUUGGCUUCUCAGAUAACAGGUGCCUCGGCGUCCAACCGUGUCAAGCGUGGAGACAUUUGCCGUGCCGUUGUUGUUCGGACAAAGUACCCCAUCCAAAGAGAAGACGGCUCUGUUAUUAGAUUUGACGAUAAUGCCUGUGUGCUCAUCAACCAAAAGGAUGAGCCAAUUGGUACACGAGUCGGCAGUGUUGUUGCUAGAGAACUAAGAAAGAAGAACUUUGGUAAAAUCAUCUCCCUUGCUCCAAGGGUUGUCUGA